AUGCCCAAGGCACUCUGCGUGUCCGCUCCGCCGGAGAGAAUUCGCGAGCGGCUGGAGUUGAGCGUCGCGGCUCUGCGGGAACUGCGGCUCCUGCGGGAGCAGCACGAGGCGACGUGUGGAGUGGGGAAGCGGUGCACUGUGGAGCGGCCUCUGAGCGAGCUGCACAUGCACAGCAGCAGAGACAAGUCCGUUCUCAAGCCCUGGGGCUCUCGACCACCGAAAGCCGGGCCACGUAGGCCUCAGUUGUCGUGUGAGUUCUUCGAUCCUUCGGACCGGAGACCACUUGAAGUGGUCUCAGAAGUGGCUCGUGAUCAUCUCGCCGCCACCACCACCGCACAGACAACCGGCGCGGCUCCACCUCGUCCGCGUUCCGCAUCUCAUCUUCCUUCCUCUCGUUCCGCAGACGACCUCGGCGGCGGCUCAGACGCGCGGACGUCCCCGGUCGGGCUCGCCGACCCCGUGACCUCCGCCCCGGGUCGUGACCCCGACCCGCAUUUCCACUGCGACCUGCGCUCGCGGGACAGCUCCGAGGUGUACCGCUACCCGAGCCCGCUGCACGCCGUCGCCAUGCAGAGCUCCGCAUUCCUGCACCGGCGAGGCGCCGGCGACGACCGCGACGCCGCCGCGUCGCCCGACGGAAAACCUCCUCCGAUGAGCGAUGGCGCCCGCCGCCACCGUCGCCACGACGACGCCGGCGCGGACGACGAGGUGACCGCGACCGUAGCGGCGCCACUCGGCGCCGACAAGGCGACCGCCUACAUCGCGCUGCUGCAGAGGCGCGAGAGGAAGGCGGAGGCUGCCCGCGCCAACCUGAGCGUGCGGUAUGAACCAGCAGUGCCCGUCCCGGCGGCCACGGCGUACGGUGUCGGCGGCGGGGCGGGCGGCGCGGUGGGCUCGGCGGUGGGCGGCGGCGGCGGUGCGCUGCCCGCGCUGGUGCGGCCCGCGUCCAUCGCUCACUAUGACACCUCGCGCCGCCACCACGACGACGAUGACGACGACGGCCAUGACGGCGGUGACGAUGCCGAGCGGCGGUGGAGAGCGUCUGGCCCCCACGUCCAUCCUGGCGCCGGCGAUCGUCGCGGGAAAUCGCCAAACCUGCAGCAGCAGCAGCAGCAGUCCACCAACGGGGAGCACGAGUUCCGGCGCCGCGCCCUGACCUCCGUCUCCACGGACCUGCGCCCGCAGCGCGGCGCCGGCCGGUGGAGCGCGGCGGCCGAGCCAACGGCCGGCGCCCUGGGCUGGCGGCCGGGCGAGCUGGGCGGGCCCCGGUACCAGCAGCGGGAGGCGCGCAUCUGCAAGCUCGGCCACGGCAGCUGGGCCGGCUCCCUGCACAAGUCGGCGGACCUGCGGGGCGGCCACGGUGACGACGGCGACAGCGCCUCCUCCGACCACCGACGGCACCCGAGGAACGCAGCUCGGUCGUCGUCGCCCAAGGGGCACCGGCUGCGCGAGGGCGUGGAGCUCGUGCGGCAGCGCUUCCGCUUGCCGGGGCGGCGCCGGGGCGCCGGCGGGGAAGGCGCCAGCUCCGAGCCGGACGUGUCGGGCGGUGGACGCCAACUAACGGAACGGGAGGAGGUUGCGGGCGGCUCGUCGGUGUUCGAUUGCCGCCGGCGAUUGGUGCCGCAUCCGUCCGAGAUCCGCGGCAUCGGCGCCGGUGCCGCGGGGACCGGAGCCGAUGGAUAUCGGCGGUGGUGGCUGGUGGAGGUGCCGGUCGGUUCGUGUUGGUAAACGGUGAAUUCCCAGGUCCUGUUCGGACACCACUCGCCACUGACGCUGUCCGUGACCAGGGAUCUGACUCGGGUCAGAUCCCUGGUCACAGUGCGCUGACUGCUGUGUGGGGGGGGGGUUCACAAAGCCAUCGAUAUCUCACGCACGUGAUCCCGCGUGUGUUUCAUGAGCCUUCACAAUCGACGUUGAGCCAUUGGUCCGUAUCGUUUUUAACUGUUACAGCUCCCCAGGGAAAGUUCGAUCAUCAAAAUAAUAAUCAUCACCAGGUGUGGUGAAAACCACACCUGAUGAUGGAUUCGUUUUAGCGGCGAGCCCAAUCGUGUUUUGAUUUUGUUGUUGUUGUUGUAACUUUCUGACGUGCCCCAGAGAGCUACCAAGAGAGAGCUUGACAGCUCGUAGAAUCCCGCCAGUGUUUAUAAAUAUUACAAUUCUGAUAGCCAAGCACAAUCCACCUUCAAUCGGCAGCUCGAUGUGCACCUGUUGAGGCUCUCACCUGUCCGGGCUGUUGACGUACGAGAGACAGAGGUCGCAAACGGGUUUUGAUUCCUUACCCGUACCCGUACCCGGCCGCACCAGGGUCGCAAAUGGAUACCCGCACCCGUACCACCGCUCCUCUCCACGAUGGAGACCGCUCUACACAGAAACCUGUUUCAAGUGUCUCUCUCUCCGUGUCUCUCUCUCUCCGUGUCUCUCUCUCCGUGUCUCUCUCUCCGUGUC